GCUAUUUUUACGCAAAUGUAGGUGCUCCAUAUGGUAUGGUUUAUACCCAAGUUCCACUUAAUACCCAAAACCCAUCUCCUGGAACCCAUUUUGACGAUGGUGCAAAUGCCAAUUUUUCAGCCUAUGUUUUUAAAGAUGGUCAUAUGGUUCCAGUUGUAAAUCAACAGAAUAAUCUUGAUAAACAGCCAAUGAUGCCACCUGUUGUUGUUCAUCCACAAACUAGAUACGAGGAUCAAGAAAAUACCCUUCCUGCAUUAUGUCUUUUUAUUGCUGGUUUCUUUUUUGUAAUUCCAUGGAUUGUAAAUUGUGUUUAUAUAAAAUCAAAAAAUAGAAUUGCUCGUGCCUUGGCCAUUUCAAGUGUUACUCUUUUUGCAUUCUCAGCUCUCUGUUUAAUCCUAUAUUUCUGCUUAAUUGUUUAUGUUGCAAAUGAUGAUGAUGAAUAAAAAAAAAAAGUAAAAAUUUAGAAACCCUUUAUAAAAAUAC